AGGUACCAGAGCAGGCCAGCCCCCUCUGGGAGGUCAAGCCAUUGGGAUUCCCUCGCCCCCCCAUUAUGGGCGCGUGUUUCCUGGGGAAGUCAGUUUCCUCACGCGUGGGGGAGACCACCCUCCUAAGGCCUACUCCCUCUCUUCCAGCCUCCUCGCCCCUGGCCGCCGGCGCCCUGAGCCUUCCUGACCGCGCAGGGGGGCUCGCCCGCGGCCCCCCAUGAGCGCGCCCGGCUGACCGGCGGGGGCGGCCGCGGUGGAGCCCGGGCGCCGCGGGGGCGGCGGGGCCAUGGCCUCGCUGGACCUGCCGUACCGCUGCCCCCGCUGCGGGGAGCACAAGCGCUUCCGGAGCCUGUCGUCACUGCGCGCUCACCUGGAGUACAGCCACACGUACGAGACGCUCUACAUCCUCUCCAAGACCAACAGCAUCUGCGACGGCGCCGCGGCCGCCGCCGCCGCCGCCGCCGCCGCCGCCUCGGGCUUCCCGCUGACGCCCGAGCCCGCCGCCCUGCUGGCCGUGCCCGGCGCCCGGCGCGAGGUCUUCGAGAGUACGUCCUUCCAGGGCAAGGAGCAGGCGGCCGGGCCGUCGCCCGCCGCGCCGCACCUACUGCACCACCAUCACCACCACGCGCCCCUCGCCCACUUCGCCGGCGACCUGGUGCCCGCCAGCCUGCCGUGCGAGGAGCUGGCCGAGCCGGGCCUCGUGCCCGCCGCCGCCGCCGCCGCCGCGCGCUACGCGCUGCGCGAGAUCGAGAUCCCGCUGGGGGAGCUGUUCGCCCGCAAGUCCGUGGCCUCCUCGGCGUGCUCGACGCCGCCGCCCGGGCCGGGCCCCGGGCCCGCCUCCGCCUCGCCCGCGUCCCCCUCGCCCGCCGAUGUGGCUUACGAGGAGGGCCUGGCGCGCCUCAAGAUCCGCGCGCUGGAGAAGCUGGAGGUGGACCGGCGGCUGGAGCGGCUGAGCGAGGAGGUGGAGCAGAAGAUCGCGGGCCAGGUGGGUCGGCUGCAGGCCGAGCUGGAGCGCAAGGCGGCCGAGCUGGAGACGGCGCGGCAGGAGAGCGCGCGGCUGGGGCGCGAGAAGGAGGAGCUGGAGGAGCGGGCGUCCGAGCUCUCGCGCCAGGUGGACGUGAGCGUGGAGCUGCUGGCGUCGCUCAAGCAGGACCUGGUGCACAAGGAACAGGAGCUGAGCCGCAAGCAGCAGGAGGUGGUGCAGAUCGACCAGUUCCUGAAGGAGACGGCGGCGCGGGAGGCCAGCGCCAAGCUGCGGCUGCAGCAGUUCAUCGAGGAGCUGCUGGAGCGCGCGGACCGCGCCGAGCGGCAGCUGCAGGUCAUCAGCAGCAGCUGUGGCAGCACCCCGAGCGCCAGCCUGGGCCGCGGAGGGGGAGGAAGUGGCGCCGGGCCCGGGACCCGGGGCCCUGGCAGAAUGCGAGAACACCACGCGGGCCCGGCCAUGCCUAGCACAUACGCCGUGUCGAGGCAUGGCUCCUCUCCCAGCACAGGGGCCUCCAGCCGUGUCCCCGCUGCAUCCCAGAGCUCAGGCUGCUAUGACAGUGACAGUCUGGAGCUACCCCGGCCAGAAGAGGGGGCCCCCGAGGACAGUGGCCCUGGGGGCUUGGGCACACGGGCCCAGGCUGCCAACGGCGGCUCGGAGCGCACCCAGGCCCCUCGCAGCUCAGGCCUGCGGCGCCAGGCCAUCCAGAACUGGCAGCGCAGACCCCGCCGACACAGCACGGAGGGGGAGGAGGGUGAUGUCUCGGAUGUGGGCUCCCGAACCACGGAGUCAGAGGCUGAGGGCCCCUCAGAUGCCCCCCGUCCUGGGCCUGCUCUGGCUGGGCCACUGAGCAGCUGCCGGCUCUCAGCCCGCCCGGAGGGAGGCAGUGGGCGGGGUCGGCGAGCGGAGAGGGGCAGCCCCUCCCGCUCCAACGAGGUCAUCAGCCCGGAGAUCCUCAAGAUGCGAGCCGCCCUGUUCUGCAUCUUCACCUACCUGGAUACGCGCACGCUGCUGCACGCGGCCGAGGUCUGCCGAGACUGGCGCUUCGUGGCUCGCCACCCCGCGGUCUGGACACGGGUGCUGCUCGAGAACGCCCGCGUCUGUUCCAAGUUCCUGGCCAUGCUGGCUCAGUGGUGCACCCAGGCGCACUCGCUGACCCUGCAGAACUUGAAGCCCCGGCAGCGGGGCAAGAAGGAGAGCAAGGAAGAGUACGCGCGGAGCACCCGGGGCUGCCUGGAGGCGGGGCUGGAGUCCCUGUUGAAGGCGGCGGGGGGGAAUCUGCUGAUCCUGCGCAUCUCCCACUGUCCCAACAUCCUCACUGACCGCUCCCUCUGGCUGGCCAGCUGCUACUGCCGCGCCCUGCAGGCCGUCACCUACAGGAGCGCCACAGACCCCGUGGGCCACGAGGUCAUUUGGGCCCUGGGCGCAGGCUGCAGAGAGAUUGUCUCCCUCCAGGUGGCGCCACUUCACCCUUGCCAGCAGCCCACGCGCUUCAGUAACCGCUGCCUGCAGAUGAUUGGUCGCUGUUGGCCGCACCUUCGGGCCCUGGGGGUUGGGGGUGCUGGCUGUGGGGUGCAGGGCCUGGCGUCACUUGCAAGAAACUGCAUGCGGCUGCAGGUCCUGGAGCUGGACCAUGUGUCGGAGAUCACCCAGGAGGUGGCAGCUGAGGUCUGCCGGGAAGGCCUGAAGGGACUGGAGAUGUUGGUGCUCACGGCCACCCCCGUCACCCCCAAGGCCCUGCUGCAUUUCAACAGCAUUUGCCGGAACCUCAAGUCCAUUGUGGUCCAGAUUGGGAUUGCUGAUUAUUUCAAAGAGCCCAGCAGUCCCGAGGCCCAGAAGCUGUUUGAAGACAUGGUGACAAAACUCCAGGCCCUACGACGGAGGCCCGGCUUCUCUAAGAUCCUGCACAUCAAGGUGGAUGGCGGCUGCUAACCCGGGCGGGGGGCGGCAGGGCCCCUGCCAGCCCCACACCAGGGCACUCUCUUUGGAUCUCCAGAGGGACCCUGAUUUGGACUAGACCUUCGGAGGCCUAGUGUUAUCCCUGGCUUCCAGGGAAGGGUUGAGUUUCCUGUCGUCCUCCUGGGACCGUGGAGCAACAGGUCUGACCCUGGGCACUGCCUCUUCAGGACAGGGGCUUGGACAGAAGCUGCCCCCCGACCCCCACUUCACCCCCCCCACUGGAGCAUCCUUCUGGGCACAGCCAGCAAGGAGCUGAGUCACCACCAGCACCUGGUGUCAUCGCCCUCAGGACCUGCAGUAACCACGGAGUGGCUCCUCGGUUGUUCAGGCUACUGGGGCAGGCCCCCUGCUUCCUGAGGCCCAGACUCCCGGUCAGGGGCCUCUGCUAGGCCCCAGCCUGAGGGGGCUCCCCAAAGCAGCUCAGACUUGGCAAGGAGGACUCUUUUCCUCCUGCCCUGUUCCAGCCCUCUGUGGGGCAUCCCCUUCAGACAUCCUGCCUAGGCUCUCGGUCCACAUUCCCCAGGGAUAACACAGAUAGGCCUAUGGGUCUGGGAAUGUGGUCAGCCAAAAGUGGGGGGCGGGGGUGCAGCGAGGUAGUGGGAAUGGGCUUGGAAUGGCAAAACAUUCAUCCAGAACUUUUCCCCAGAAUAUUGAAACCACCAUUCUCAAAGGGGAUAAAUUGCCAAGUAGAGAAAACCUAGUUUUUAUUGCUGUAGAAACAAGACCCUUCCUCUCAGCCACCACAUACCCUCAUGACACACCAGAGCUAAAUUCAGAGGUAAAAGGUGCAUGUUUCUAUACUGUCCACCAGUCCCGAGCCUCUGGAGGGGUAAGGUCCUAGCUCUGGGAAACCUUAGCAGCAGUGAGCAGCAGUUCCUGUCCUCAAGAAAUGUCUUUCUGGUGCUUGGGCAGCAAUCUAAUGGCCUCUGGGUCCCCAGUGCUGUGGGUGGCAGGGAGUCCCCCUUCUGUGCUGGGGUCUGGAGGAAGCCAGGAGGAGGGGAUUUGGUUUGCUUCCUUGUCUGGCUAGCUUGCUUGAAGACAUGAUCUUGGUAGGGAACCACACCCAUGAAGCCAAAGAGGAGGAAGAGCAGCCUCAUCAGACUUGCCUCCCUCCUCAGUCUUCACGGGCCCCAUGGGCUGUGGAGUGCUUCUGCCUAGGCACGGUGCUGGGGCUGAGCCAGAGCCACUUGGCUUAGAAACCACAGAAUGCAGAUGGAGGUUUUUCACGGACUCUUGCACAGUUCUGGUAAGACCAGGUUCUGGCACUAAGGCUCCAAAGACUCAGGUCUCUGCAGUUCCUCCUCUCAGAACUCCCAUAAUGGUGUAGAGGCCUUGGGUCCUGCUAACAUUCACUUGGAAAGUUCUUUCAAACAUUAACCUCGAUCCAUCUUAGGGUUUCCUUCUUUCCUAUACAGGGCCAGCUCUGCCCUAACCAUUAGGCUGCUGGUCCUGGCUGGGGCUGGACUUCUCUGUAGUUUCUCAGCCCUUUCCAGGGACCUAACUUUCUGCUGCAUCCUGGCUUGGACAUCAAGACCCAGCCCCAGGUUACCCUGUAAUGAGUCCUUCAGACUGGGACGCCACAGGCUCAGUAUCCAGCUCCCCUAACUCCACACCCAGCUCUGUCCCAGCUCCUUCUGGCCUUGCCCUUUGAAGACCCCAAAUACCAAGGGUGUCCUGUUGGCAACUCCCUAUCCAGUCCUGCACGAAGUCUUGGCUGUGUGGCACCCCCCCCCCCCGAGCAGCUGGCCCCACUGGCUCCCACCUCCCCAGCCCUGUCCCCAGGAGUCAAAGGAAGAAGCACAACUUUUCUCUAUCCUCCAGGGGCCUGGAAGGGAUAUGGGUGUGCCCUGGGUACAUCUGUCUUGCCUUGCCAACUGUACCCCCUAUAGCUCCUGCUCGAGACCCUAGGAUCAGAGGUGCUGCCCUCCCCAUCUCCUGGACAAAGCACAAAGGGAUGCCCUGCUUGGCCUGAGCCUGCCUUACUGAGGGACUUUUGCCCCAGGAAGCUUCCAUCCCUGAACACAAGACUUUGGGCAAUUUCUCCCUGGGUGGGUACCCACUGGAAUGUCUGGCAUCAGUCCUGGAAAAGGAGGUCAGGGUGCACAGGCAGUGAGCUAGAGUGGGAGAAAGGCAGUGCUGAAAGGACUGAUUCUAGGAGUAGGUUCAUUCACCCAGUCAUUCAGUCAGUCAGUCAUUCAUUCGUGCAACAGCCCUGAGCACCACCAGCACUGGGGGCAGAAGAGUGAACAGCCCACCCCCACCCCCCACCCCCCAACGGUAGGAAGUUUGGCCAGGAAGUCCCCACCUUGUAACUCCCAGCUGAGUGUGUGAAGGAUGUGUAGGAGUACAUAUGGCAUUGGCCUCAGCCCCUGCUGACGGGCUCACAGACUCACACAGGCUGGACUUCAUGCAUGCCAAGAAGUAAGUGGUAGGGUGCGGGCCCCAUGUCCCCCAACUUGAAGCUAUUUUCUGACUCGCAGGGGGAUGAGCCCUGCUACUAUAUGGGGAGCUUAUUUGUAGGGAUGCUCCAUUUGUUCACUUCUUUGGCAACCACAGAGCAUGGCUGAGGAUGGGUAACAGGGAUGGAGGGUCUGGCCAUUCCUAAAGCACCUUAUCCUUCACUCACUCAAAGGAGCUUCCACCUCUGUAUCUCACACCUAGGUAAGAUGCAAAGGAGAGGAAUAUCUGAGAGAGCAAACUGAAGCAGGCCCUGCUCUAGGGGUCCCAGACACAUGUAGAGCUCCCAUGCGCUCCAGCACUCGGGUGUCCCUACACCUCUCCCUGCAAUAUGGCCUGGACCCAGCAUCUGGGAGGCUUGGCACACUCAGCCUGAGCACUUCACCAGGCUUUGGGCUGCUUCCCCGUGGCCCUAGAGGGAACGAAGGAGAUGCUGUAUACAUCUGACCCCUGGGAGAGAGGAAGGGUGCUGCGCAGACCCAUGGCUCUCCACUGGCCAAGAAACCACCUCAGGACCAAGGCAGCUCAGGACUUCCUGGGCCUGUGAGAGCGGUUUGAACCAGCCCCUCAAGUGCUUCAGAAGCAAAAAGCCACCUCCCUCCCAGGGCCUGCAGCUCCAAGGUUUGGCUCCAUCCUUUGCCGUUGGGUCCUGACUAUUGCCUGGUCCUUUGGGCCACGGGUGGGAAGCGGCCCAGGCCCUAGUCCCUCUAAGGUGCUAGGCUGAAGACCUUCCCAGAGGGACUACUGGUGCCAAAGACCCAAUUCCUCGGGGGCUUGGGGUGAAGAUGGCAGAGAUGGUGAGUGGGGGCAGGGCCUCCCUGCCCAGAGGAGUUAACUCAAACUGACCUGUCCAGCCCAUCAGUCCUUCCUCCAGGGGCCUGGCACUUCUCUUUUUAACCCUGGUGAUCAUGCUUUCUUGCCCAGCCUUGUUCCAGGCCUGCAUUUCUGUAUAUACUGCUGUGUAUCGUGUGUAUGUAUUUAUUCCUGGACAAGUGUAUUCAUCUGCAGCUUUUGCCUGAGGAUAAGGUUUAGGAUUGGGUGAAGACCGGAAUACCAGGGCAACCAGCUCCUACUCCUUCCCUAACCCCCUGGGACCCUUGCCAGUCCCAAGACUGCCCUGACAAUCAGGCAGGCUUCCCCGCCACAAGCCCAAGCCUUGUCUGCCGUUGCUGGCACAGUUCCAGGAGGCUUGGCCUUGGGCAGCCUGGCCUCAACUCUGCCCUGGCGGGGUCUUGCAUUCAAGUGCAGAGGCCCGAGGCAACCUUGAGGCUUGCCUCAUGACUGGCACCAGUAGGCUUGGCUCUCGUGGGCACUGCUAGUGGGGACCUCCUCAACCGGCCCCCAGGCCUGCCUUCCCUGCACAGCCAGGCUGCAAUGGGCCUGAGCUGUGAGGGUAGCUUCCCCCACCCCAAGCACAGCAGGCGGAGGGGUGCAGAGCGUUUUUUGGUUUUGUUUCUGAAGUGGUGCCUGUACCUCCAGCCCCCAGGGGGCCUUCCCUGGCCCCACUUCUCUCCCCCCACCCCCACCCCCCGCCGCCAGGCGUCACCAUCACAGCACUUUGCUCCACGUCACCCAUAGAUGCCCUUCGCCGAAUGUACCUGAGUGUAUGUAUUUAAAAGGACUCACAUGGGCAUCAGAGAAUUUAUGACUUUGUAUCCAAUAAAAG